CGAGGCCCCGCCUCCUGGGCCUGCCUCGCGCCCCGCCCUCUCCCGCGGAAAACCAGGGCAGUACCUGGGCUUGAGGCGAGCGCUGCGGGACGGUGCUUGUGUCCAAGGACGCAGACGAUGGAGUGCGCGCUGGCCGUGCCCCGGCUGCCCCCGCAUGACCAGGGGACGCCGGUGCUGUCGGUGGUGGACAUGCACACGGGUGGUGAGCCCCUGCGCAUCGUGCUGGCUGGGUGUCCGGAGGUGGCCGGGGCCACCUUGCUGGCCAAGCGGCGCUACAUGCGCCAGCACCUUGACCAUGUGCGUCGACGGCUCAUGUUCGAGCCCCGAGGGCACCGGGACAUGUAUGGGGCCGUCCUGGUGCCGAGCGAGCUGCCAGAUGCGCACCUGGGCGUGCUGUUCCUGCACAACGAGGGCUACAGCUCCAUGUGCGGCCACGCCGUGCUGGCGCUGGGCCGCUUCGCUCUGGACUUCGGACUGGUGCCGGCGCCCCCGGCCGGCACCCGCGAGGCCCGCGUCAACAUCCACUGCCCGUGCGGGCUGGUGGCCGCCUUCGUGGAGUGUGAGGGCGGCCGCAGCCGUGGCCCAGUGCGCUUCCACAGCGUCCCAGCCUUCGUGCUGGCCAUAGAUCUCAUGGUAGAUGUUCCUGGACAUGGAAAGAUGGUGGUAGACAUCGCAUAUGGUGGAGCAUUUUAUGCAUUUGUUAGUGCUGAAAAGUUAGGACUUGAUGUUUGUUCUGCAAAGACAAGGGACCUUGUAGAUGCAGCGAGUACAGUGACAAAAGCAGUGAAAGCUCAGUUUAAAAUUAAUCAUCCUGAUAGUGAAGACCUUGCCUUUCUAUAUGGAACUAUAAUAACAGACGGAAAAGAUGCGUAUAGUGAGGAACCAACCACCAAUAUCUGUGUGUUUGCAGAUGAACAGGUUGACAGAAGUCCUACCGGUUCAGGAGUGACAGCCCGAAUUGCCUUACAAUAUCGCAGAGGGUUUCUAGAACUGAACCAGACCAGAGCCUUUAAAAGUAGCGCCACUGGCUCAGUAUUCACAGGAAGAGCUGUGAAGGAAGCAAAAUGUGGUGAUUUUCAAGCUGUCAUAGUGGAAGUAUCAGGACAAGCACAUUACACGGGCGCAGCAAGCUUUACGGUAGAAGAUGACGAUCCACUGAGGGACGGGUUUCUUCUCAAGUGACUUCUUCCAUGACAUUUAAGGGUUUUCUUUUUAAAGUAAUGAUUGUCCAUACUGAUGUUUUCUCUAAAUUAUGUGAAAACCAAUAUCCAAAUUAUAUACAUAAGCUAA